UGGAGGCUGCAGCUGAGACUGAAAGCACCAGCCUGGCUCCUCUAGGGCAUCGGCUUCUCUGGGGCUGGCAGCCUCCCGGGGCAGGACUGUGGGGAGCUCAUCCGCUGAAGGACUUGGGGGGCUGAGCUGCAGCAGCUGAGCCGAGAACCAUCUCUGUGCAGAAGAAAACCAAACCACUUUACUUUCCAUUCUGCUGCCCGAGACAACCACAUCCUCCUCACACACGCGCUCCCAUGGAGAGCUCAGAUGUGGAGCUGGACCUGCAGCGGAGCGUGCAGGCUGUGCUCCGGGAGCUCAGCGCCCAGGCCCCCGCACUGCGGAGCAACCGAGGCAUGUGGAGGUGGUCCCUGCACAAGAAGGUGGAGCGGGAUCCUGGAAAGAGCCCGGCGCUGGUCCGCAUUCUGCUCCGAGAACUGGAAAAGGCAGAACUCGAGGACACCCGGCGCGUCAUCAUCCCUUUGCUACACACGCUAAUGUACGUGCUCACCAAGGCCACAGGCAUCUCGCAGGAGCUCUACCGGAGGACCUACGCCCUCUGCAUGCGGCUACUGACCCUGCCCGCCCCCUACUGCACGGUGGCCCUGGACUGCGCCAUCAGACUGAAAACCGAGACCGCGGCCCCAGGGACGCUGUACCAGAGGCUGGUCAUUGCCGAGCAGAACUUGAGGAGCGAGCUGUACCCCUACCAGGAGAGAGUGUUCCUCUUCGUGGAUCCCGAGCUGGUGCCUCCCUCCGUGUGCAGCGCCCUGCUGCUGGAGAUCCAGGCCGCCCAGACGCAGCAGACGCCGGAGGCCUGCAUGCGCCACGUGGUCUCCCACGCCCUGCAGGCGGCUCUGGGCGGGGCCUGCCGGGCAGACGCUCUGCAAAGGAAGCUGCAGGUAACUCCCUGCCCAGCCCUGCUGGGUCCAGCCCUGGGCCCUACAUGGUCGCAGGUGGAGCAGAUGGCCAGCGAGCCCAGCGCCACCCGCGAGGAGCACCUGGAGAGGCUGGAGGAGAUUUACUGCUCGCUGCUGGGGCCCACGGCGGCCGCCAGGGGGCGCUGCGGCGGUGACCCCCUCCCAGAGCGGCCCCCAAGCAUCCCCCUGCCCAGCCCGCACAUCACGUUCCAGCUGUGGACGGAUGAGGAGCAGCUCUGGAAGGAACUGGUGCUCUUCCUGCGCCCGCGCUCCCAGCGGCUCCUCAGCGCGGACAUGGAGGCCUUGGACCUGCAGGGCCUCCUGCCCGAUCGAGAGCUGGCCCGCGUGUCCGUGCUGUCCACCGACAGGAAGCGAGAGACCCAGACGUUCUGCUUGUCUCCCAGACUCAGCCUGCAGCUCUACUACAUCCCUGUGCUGACUCCUGAGAAGCGCGCAUCAUCCCGGCACUUGGAGCUCGGAGAGCUGGCGGCCUUCCUGGGCCGGGCAGACCCCUGGUACGAGAGCACCGUCAACACCCUGUGCCCGGCCAUCCAGAAGCUGGCGGAGAUGCCUCCCUCCCUGGACACAUCCCAGACUGUAGACCCCUUCAUCCUGGAUGUCAUCACCUACUAUGUCCGCAUGGGCACCCAACCCAUCUAUUUCCAGCUCUACACAGUCAAGAUCUUCUUCGGUGACCUGAGCCAGGACUCCGUGGAGGACAUUUUCCUCACUGAGCUGAAGGUGAAGGUCCAAGACUCCAAACUCCCCAAAGAUGCUUUCUCCCCCAGGAGGAGAGGCGCGGCUGAGGCCCCUGGGGCUGAGCUCUCCCUGUGCUACCGGAAGGCCCUGCUCAGCCACCGGACCCGAGAGGUUACCGUUUCCCUGAGGGCCACCGGGCUGGUCCUGAAGGCCCUUCCAGCCAGUGACACUGAAGACCACACGUGCCUGAGUGUUAACGUGACGGAAGUUGUCAAGUCGUCCAACCUGGCAGGAAGGUCCUUCUCUACAGUGACGAACACCUUCCGUGCGGCCAACGUCCAGAUCCAGAGCCAGGACCAGAGGCUGCUGACCCUGUGGCUGGACAAGGACCAUCGGCGCACUUUCAGGGAUGUGGUCAGAUUCGAGGUUGCCCCCUGCCCAGAGCCAUGUUCCGGGGUCCAGAAGUCCAAGGCGCUAUGGCUCAGUUCACACCAGCAGAAGGAGGUGGAAGGGACCAAAGCCAAGCCCAAGCCCCUUCUCAUGCCCAUCAACACGUUCUCCGGCAUCGUCCAGUGAGCCCGAAGGGGCAGUGGAUACACUGAGUCCGAGAGCUGCUGGCCCACGAGGAAGGACACACUACCCACCAGUCCAAAUACUCACACCCAUGGCCGGAGCAAGGCCAGGCUGCCCUGGACUGGCCCCAACGAGGAGCCAGCGAGUGCCUGGAGCACAAGGAGGCUGGUCGUGAGGUUGACGGAGGCCACGCGAAGGCCCCAGGAUGCCCAGGCAAAGCUGCGCACACACAAGCCCAGCUCCUGGCACAGCUGUCCGCUCCUUCCAAUUCCCACCUCUCCCACUCAUGCUCCCGCCCAGCCCUUAAAACCACAGUGACAGCUGCUGUUUUGGUCAGGGCCCGCGUACUGGGGGAAAAUGGGAAGUAGACAAAGGCAACUACACCUCCUCUGCCUCCCACGUCUGCUCCCUUCCCUUGCCUCUGCCCACCUCACCCACCCCCGGGCGUCUCUCUCGGUUGAGAGGAAAGUGUCAGACUCAAUAAAUGCACACUAAAGUGUUUCUGCUUUUAUCUAA